AUGGAGCUUUGGGAUGAGAAGAAAAGAGCCCUAAGGGCACUGGACUACUUUAAAUUUCUCGACAAUGAUCAAAUCGUUACUGCUUGCAGAAUCGGGACUAUUAAGCAAUAUGAACCAUUGGAGACAAUAUAUUAUGAGGAUAAAGGCACCAUAACAAACGUCCAAUUUGUGCUUAGUGGAGAAUGUCUUUUACUUCAAUGCCUAAAUAUGACGGUCACUUUAAAAAAUGGAAAAAAGAUUUUUCAUCUAAUAGAUGAAUCUGAGGAAGGUAUUUCUUUCAUGAAUACUAUGAAAACGCCAUCAAACACCAGUCAGCUGACUAGUAAAUGUUCUCUAAAUAAAAAUGUAGGAGACAUUUUUGAUAGUUACAAUUCUGGUAUAGUGGAACAAAAAACUAACAAAUCACUCAAGCCUGUGCUUAAAAAAUAUGAAAGCCAUUUUAUUGAUGUUGGAAAACUUACAUUUGGAGCAAUAAUUGGAUUGGGAGAGAACAUGAAGCUUCGUGUAAUAAUGGCGCGAUCCAGAGUUCAGUGUUUAGUGCUUCCUAGAUCUUUCUUAUUGGAAAACAACCAAAACCCAGGAAACAUUUGGCAGCGUCGAUUGUUUUAUCUGGAUUGUACUAUCCCAUCAAGGGAAUCUAUAUUUUCCCACUUUCUCAAAUGUCGUGAAUGGAAAAAACUUAAAUACAAUAUUAUUCAAAAAGAUUUGAGUUCGUUUGUAAGUGAUAAAUCUCGCUAUGAUGAUAUACCAAUUAUAUGUCGUAUUGUGGAAGUAAAUGAAGAUGACUCAAAUAUUCAACUAACUAAAUAA